GCGCUCCCAUUCAUUACCGCGGAGCGGAGAGAGCGCGAGCGAUCUUUCACGCGCGCAGGAGAAGAGAAAACAGCGAAAACGCGAAAACACCAAAACACGAAGCGUAGCUACGAAAAAAAAGUUACCGUGCGAAACGGACGGACUACAACCCGCAGUACCCGGAUUUACGCGUGACGUUCAGCUGCGAGGCUCAUACGGAGCGCGAGAGGACAUACGAGGGAUUUCUGUUGUAUUUUUUUUGGUUUUAUUAAUUCAUUUUUACAUUUUUUUUAUUUUUUAACGUCUGCGCGCUCGUGCUUGGACUAAAACUGGGAUUUCCUUGCGGCUGUGCAGCGCGUGCUAAAGGACACUAUCACUGCAAUUAUUAUUGUUGUUGUUAUUUUUAUUAAUAUUUAUUUUAACGAUAAUAUUUGCGAAUAUAUCUAUAUAUACAUAUUUUUGAACGCUACUAUCAUCAGUUUUCCUGGAUUUAACGUCAUUUCCCUGGAUCACACCGAAAAGACUGGACUUGGAGUACCGCGAGCCCCUGUUUUUGUAUAUGGAUGUAUAGUGUCCAGACACACAGCGCGCGCGCCGUGAGAUUUCCUGCGUGAUUCUGGGAGACGCACGCGAGCCGCACUGGCUGAUGGCGUCAGAGCUGCGGAGGAGCGCGUGUAGGUCGUCCGAUGAGACUAGAGUCCGUGCUUGCGCAGGGAGUCGCUGAUCAGGUCAGAUGGAUCGUCGCGGUCACCGCGGAGUCGCCGGAUCAGUGGCGGUGAUCCGGGAGCCGCCGGCGCCCGGGGAACGUCUGGACCUGGACCUUCCAGCCGGGGCCAUCCUCUCCUUGGAGCAGAUCCGAGCCAUCCGCUCGUCUAACGAGUACACAGAGGGUCCCGCAGUGGCGGCACGCCGGCCUCCCGCCCCGGCACCCCGUGUCAGUGACAAACACGAGAGGACUCACGAGGUUAUCCUCGUCAAUGUGAACAACAACUACGAGGCGCGGCCCGUAGCCACCAGGCCGCCCACCCUUAGCCGCUCCACCAGCAUGGGUAGCGCUGGGAGUUCCGGCAGUAGCGGAAGUGCGUCUUCGGAGCAGGGCUUGCUGGCACAGUCUCCGCAAUCGCGCCACCACCAACACCAUCAUCACCUUCACCAUCAUCACCACCACCACCAUCAACAACAACAUCAACAGCAGCAGCAGCAGCAUCAUCACAGCAGGUCGGAAAGAGCCGUUCGGACUCAGCCCAAGUCUCUAAGCUCGCCCAUGCAGCCGCUUCUGCCGGGGGACGCUCUGUUAAAGCAGCCGGCGGGACUCGGGCAGCCCCUCUCCGGAAAAAAGGGUGAGCUCUCGCCCUCGUCUCCACACCAGUUUAUCUGCGAGCGCUGCGGGAAGUGCAAAUGCAGCGAGUGCACGGCGCCCCGCAUGCUGCCCUCCUGCCUGGCCUGUAACGGGCAGUGCCUCUGCUCGGCCGAGAGCCUGGUGGAGCACGGUACCUGCAUGUGCCUGGUCAAGGGUCUGUUCUACCACUGCUCCAACGACGAUGACGACGGGGACUCGUGCGCAGACCGGCCGUGCUCCCUGUCUCGCCCCCGCUGCCUUCCUCGCUUCCUCUGCAUGGGCCUGAUGGCGCCUCUGUUCCCCUGCCUGCUCUGCUACCCACCGGCUAAAGCCUGCGUGAAGGGCUGCCAGCACCUCCACGACCGGGUGAACCGGCCGGGCUGCCGCUGCAAGAACUCCAACACCGUCUACUGCAAGCUGCAGGGCUGGGGUCAAGGCCAAGCUCACGGACUUGGGCAGGGAAAGCCCUCCUGAGACUUUGAUUUGCGCUAAAAUGUGCGCAGAGGAACUGAUUAAGGGCCGGUUGAUUGAUAAAUCGAUUGAUCGAUCGAUUAAUCGAAUGGUUAGUCCGACCGAAGCUGGUGCCCGCUGUAGCCCCGCCCACCCCGAUCCAGGGAGGAAGAGGACGGACAGUGACGAUGGUGAACGCCAUCAGAACUCUUCUAUGAACCGGUCGCCUCUUCCUUGCCUGGUCUGCUGCUAGGAGAAUGGAGAAUGAAAUAAAACCACUUUGUUGUCACUUCUGACAUCUUAUUUUUUUAUUUUAUUUUAUUUUUCUUUUUAACAAACCAGUGUUUGCCUUAACUGACUCUGGGACUGCUCAGCUACUACGACUAAAAGUGGAGGAAAUGAAUUAACGGGAGCAAAAAAAACGGAAUGGUGCUGCGGGUUUUCCGAGAGAGAGAGAGAGCGAGCGAGAGCGACCGAAUCUGUGAAGGACUGUCUAGCCAGACCAUAAUAAUAUGUAGCUGUUACCAGAUCUCCCAUAGCAACCUGGUAUUGUUUGACGAGGGGUUGCGGUAAACUGGGACCCCGUCGCCGUGCACGUCGUCUCCGGGGAAACGACCCUCCCUCUCAUAGUAUUCCCGACGGAAAAAAAAACACACAAGCGGCAUUCCGGACAGAAUUCCGGACGGAUGUCUUUCCUUCGCUACCCAAACACUUAACUCAAACACUCCGUGGCAUUCUGACUUUUUUUAUUUCUAUUUGUUUGUCUUUUCCUUUUCCCCUCAUAUUUUUGUAAAUUGUAUGUUCAAAUUCAUAAAGAGAAAAAAAUAUUCCGGCUAUUUUUUAAAGAAAACGAAAAAGAAAAUGUCUGUUAAAACUUUUUUUUGUCAUUGUAAAAAAAAAUAUUUAUUAAGUGAAGCUCUAUUAUUUUAUGAUAUUUAUUGCAAAAGACAGUCUUAGAUUUACUCAUGUCUGAAUAUAACAAAAUAUCAAUACUGAAAAAAUUAAAGGGUGACACAAAAGAAAUGCUAUGUUAACUUUACUGCAGAAAUAUAUUAAUUAACGAAAAAUA